CACGAUAACGCCAUACGUUUAUGGUUCUGUUUUGAAAGAUGUGUUGGAAAGUUCUAGUGAGUUGUUGGUACAGUGAGAAAUAUUCUGGUUAAAAUCCCAUGUUAAGGACAUCAUGGAUGAAAUUGAUGCAGUGCCAUCAAAUUCCAAGCAUACAGAGUCUGCUGAGUUUGAAGCAAAGAAUGGCAUCUCCAUGUUGCCUUGUUGCAUCAAGAGUGACUUUAAAUUUGAAUCGCAGAACACCAAACAACUACAUAAAAUUAUUUUUAAUACUGGAGGGCAUAAAAGAAUCAGAGAGUUGGUUCUUACGCAUUCUGAUCUGCAGAAUUUACCAAGUAGUUUUAUCCUCAACUUGGGAAAUCUUAUUCACUUGAAUCUUGAAGAUAACAAGCUUAGUCAACUACCAUUAAUCAUGAGGAAACUCUUGAAGUUACAGCACUUAAACAUUUCUCAUAAUUGCUUCAAGGCUUUAUCAGAGGACAUUGGAAACCUGAUCAUGUUACAGACUUUAAGAUUAGAGAAUAAUAGUCUUGUUGAUUUGCCAGAAAAUAUAUGCAAUCUUAUGAAUCUCCGGGAACUGAGCAUUGCUAACAACAGCCUCAAAACUUUACCGAAUGGUAUUGGAAAACUUGCGAAGUUAGAGCACUUGGAUAUUUCUGGGAAUUUGCUAGAAGAUUUGCCUAAAUCUAUGUUUCAGCUUACAAAUCUAUGCCACUUUAAUGCUGCAUCCAAUAAAUUAUCAUAUCUGUCAGAAAGUUUCACUCAUUUAAAUAAACUCAGAACAUUAAACCUUGCUCAUAAUGUAAUGUAUGAAGUACCAUAUUGCCUUUUCACUGGAUUACCAAAUGUCUCAGAGUUGGAUUUGUCACAUAAUUAUAUCAGAAAUUUUAGUGAGGCACCAAAUUGUACCAGCAAGCUUAGAAGGCUGAAACUUGAUUACAACAGCUUAUUAACCUUACCUCAGUGGAUCUUUAGAGACACAUGUAAAUGUCUGUUAAAACUGGACAUUUCUUGCAACAAAUAUAUGAAUGGUAUCAGCAAUGAAAUUUAUUCUUCUGCAAGCAAUUUAAAGAUGCUUGAUCUUUCUAACUGUGCGCUUUCAACUACAAGUGUUGUCUUUUUACAUAGACUGAAAAGUUUGGAAUAUCUGAAUAUGGGAAAUUAUAAAUACAGAACUGUUAAACACAAAAUGUGUGCUGGUAAUAUAUUCUGGGAUCUACCAAUUGGUGAGCUGAAGAAGAGCUGUCAUCUCCAAGUUCUGAUCCUCUGCAAUGUAGGACUGGCUGCCAUAUCGGAAGAUAUUAUCCAGUUGAAAGUGUUACAAUACUUGGAUCUCUCCUCAAAUAAACUUCAUUGGCUGCCUAAUUCAUUCUCUGAUCUAGUAAAUUUGAAGUCAUGCCAUCUAUCGAACAACACUCUAGCAGUAUUACCAGUGCAGCUAGGAAACUUGGAAGGACUGAAAGAGCUCAGCUUAGAUGGCAAUCAGCUUCAUUCAUUGCCAGAGAGCAUGGCAAAACUUCAACACCUUGAACUUCUGGAUCUAUAUGAUAAUACACUUGAAGAAGUGCCGGAAGUCCUGAGAAGUAUGCCCAGUCUUAAAUCACUGGAUUUGGAAUGGAAUUGCUUUGAUGUAUUACAGUCUCUAAAGGAUGAUAACUUCUUGGAUAGAUACAUUCAAAUGAAAUGUAGUAUGCGGUCAAGACUGACAGGGUUCUUGUCUCCACGAAUGGAUUGUAAGAGGCCACCACUGGAGUGUGAUAGUCCGUCAUUGGGUUAUGAGUUGUGUGUUUCUGCAGAUUAUCCAAAUUCAAGUAAUUUUAGUGAAGAAAUGGAAAGAGAAGAUUUUUCUGGUUUAAGCCAUUGUACUUCAGACAUAAACAGAGAAGAGGAGGAAGAAAAUUGGGACUUGUCAGAUGACAUCAAUGACAGCUUUGAUCCAUCCUUUUUACCUACAUCUCAAAAGAAGAAAGUAAGGCAUCAGCGUGCACUCAUUGUGAUGGGAUCUCUCAUCUCUUCUCCAGAUAAUUUCUGUCCUGCAGACGUUCAUGUUCCUCCAGUGAAAACUUUGGGACCACUAACACAGAAAGAAAUCCCCAGUGCUGAAAAUAAACAUUGGAUUCCACAUUUUGAAGUGACUGUGAAGAAAGAUUAGCUGACAUACCAGUUGAUGGACCACAUGAUCGAUUGUUAGAGCCUUGACUGUCUAUCGGUGCAGAAAAGGUAACGCUAAGCAAUAAGAUGCUGAUAGCAAUCUCGUUCACUUGAUUCUCAGCCAGCAUGGAUUGAAGCUUUGAAAAUUUAGUGUAACUUCCAUAUUCAGUGAGAAACUUCUGUCUGGAGACAGCAGAAUGAAGACAUUUCUGGCCACAUGUAGGUGCAGUUGAUAUGAAACCAAAUCAGAUGUGGGAAGCAGCAUUUUAAAUGAAUGUUUGGCUAAUUUCACCAGAAAAGUAUGCAAGCCUAGCCAAUGAUAUCACAGGAAGUGAUCUUACUAAUUUUAUUUUAGUGUUUUAUUAAUUUUUACUUUGGGUACUUCUCUGGUUAUUCAGUAAAUCUGAGAAAGAUCAGAAUUAGAGGUGCAGGGUAUAAGGACCUGAAAGUAUUCCUACUAAAACCCUUCAGUGCUUAUAGCUGACAUUCCAGUCUCAGUAAUAAGUUCUCCACCCAGCUACAUGAGGUUUGUGUAACACUUGUUAUAACUUGGCUUCUGGCAGACACAUUUAGGGAGAACAAGCCACAGUGCCACACAUGUUUCAUAACGGAACACAACCGCUCCCAAAGCACAGUGAAGAGCAAGAAAGGUAUUAGGCAUCAUAAUGGUAAUGGCAGUGUCUUUCCCAGGCACCCCACAGAAACCAUUAAAACUUCUUUUCAUCAGCAUCCGUUUUGCUGAGGGUUAACCAUGCCACCAUGAUUUUCUUAUGCAGUUCUGUCUUAACAGGGCACAACGAAUACUGUCAGUUGGUUGAAGCCAAGUAUUACAAUAGUAUCACUGAACAAUAAAGUAUUUUUUAUUAUAGUGCCAGUAGCACCUACACUGUCUGUUACUGUCAGUUAGUGGCACACCAUUCAUUAUGAUAGCAACUACUGCUAUGUAUUGUGUGUUCCAGAAGGGGCAUUAAUAUGCAGAAGUGUCAAUUGACAGCUGCAUUUAGAAACAGCCCACAACAUAGCUUACAUAUUAGUCAAAAUGGUUGGUUGUAAGUACAAAAUGUUAUGUGAGAAAAUAUUGAUAUCUGCUAUUCAUAUAAUGCAAAAGACAUUGAGAAUGUUGAUUUAUUGCUCAUUAUUUUAUUUUCUCUGUGAUAACCACUUCAAAUAAGUUGUGAAACAUAGGACUUGAAGUUCUUACAGCAGUGAUUGUGAAGAGUUAUAUCUUCUGAGAUACAUGACAUGGAGUCUGUUGAAAGUUAAUGAAGUUAUGAAAUAUAUGCAAAGUUAAUAGUUUUUUUUUUUUUUUGCUACUUAUGUCCCUUUUAUAUCCCAUUGUACAAAAUAAAGUUAUGUUAUAGGCUUUUGAAAUUGUCAUGUAUUUGUGUGCACUCCAUAUUAUGCUUUUUAAUUUCCUGCAGUUGGUAGUAACAGUAUGAUGAAUGCAGAAACUUGCGUGAUGGGAGAAGCAUUAACAUCUCUUUAUCUAGGUUCUUGAAAUUAAGUACAGUAAUAGAUCUUCACAAAGAUAUUCAGCUUUGUUUAUUUACACCAAACACAUGACUAGUUUCAUAAGUUAUAUAUUCAUUUGAUUUCUUGUUUGCAUGUAAUUGUCAAGAAAUAUUUGUGACUCUAUAUGUUAUAUACAUGAACAUGAGAACAUGUAUUUAGUUUCACUGGGAAUUUUUUAUUGAAAAUUAAAUGUGUUCA